UCCUUCGCCUUCCUUCACCCACUCUUUGUUGUUUCUUGAGAGAGGGAAAGAAGGGAGGGAAAAAAAAAAUAAGGGAGAGAGAAAAAAAAUAAAAAAGAACCCACACAGGAGGAGGCAGGAGCCUAUUUUGCCUCCCAGGCAAUAUUUCUGGAGCCAAUCGGAAUGCGCACCCACCCUGCCCUGCUCCCUAAUUAAAGGCUUUAAGCAGGCGGCCGGGGCCGGAGGUUUGGGCACAGUCUCUUUGGUUGCUCCUCGCAAAGAGCCGCAGCGCAGGAUCCAGCUCCGGGCACGCCAGGCCUGACGCGGCAGCCGGAGCCGCCAGGUUGGGGGGUCCCCAGCCGGGCAGGCAGCUCCCCCCUCGCCAGUGCCAGCGAUGAGCGGCUCUUUCGAUAAGAAGCUUUCCAGCAUCCUCACGGACCUGUCGGGCUCGCUGAGCUGCCAUGCCGCCUCCAAGGACUCGCCCACCUUACCGGAGUCCUCCGUCACCGAUUUGGGCUACUACACCAGCCAGCACGACUACUACCCGGGCCAGUCCUACAGCCAGCCCGUGAGCCACUACCCCUACCACCAGUUCAACCUCAACGGCAUUGGCGCCGCCGGCACCUACUCGCCCAAAUCCGACUAUUCCUACAGCCCUUCCUACCGCCAGUACGGCCACUUCAGGGACCAGCAGCUCCCGGCGCAAGAAGCAGUGUCGGUGAAGGAGGAGCCGGAGCCGGAGGUGCGGAUGGUCAACGGGAAACCCAAGAAGAUCCGUAAGCCCCGCACCAUCUACUCCAGUUACCAACUGGCUGCCCUGCAACGCCGAUUCCAGAAAGCCCAGUACCUGGCGCUGCCCGAGCGGGCUGAACUGGCCGCCCAGCUGGGGCUCACCCAGACCCAGGUGAAGAUCUGGUUCCAGAACCGCCGCUCCAAGUUCAAGAAGCUGUACAAGAACGGCGAGGUGCCGCUGGAGCACAGCCCCAACAACAGCGACUCCAUGGCCUGCAACUCGCCCCCCUCCCCGGCCGUCUGGGACAGUAACUCGCACGGCAGCGCGCCGGGCCGGACCCCGCUCCCGCAGCCGCUCCCCUACAGCUCCUCGCCCGGGUUUCUGGAGGAGCACAACCCCUGGUACCACCCGCAGCCCCUCGGCGGAGCCCACGGACCCCACCAGGCACAGCCGGCCAGCACGAUGCACCACACCUCCCCGGGGCCCCCCAACGCCGGCGCCGUCUACUAACAGGGAGAGCCAGGGCCGAGAGACAGUGGCAGAACUCCUUUGCCUCCUUUUUUUCCCCUCCUACUUUUUACUUUUUCUUCUUUUUUUUUUUUUAAAAAAAAAAAAGGAAAAGAAAGGACACCCGUGUACACGCACCCCUAGACACACUUACCUCCCCUCUCCCCGCUCAUCUCAGGAACCAGAGGACUGCAAAGGGUUCAAAUCCUCCACUCCCAGCGUGGGAAAAGGCGGAAAAUUCUUCUUCUGCAUUUAUUUUUUUUUUAUUUUUCCAUCGCCUUCCCCCCUAUAAUAAAACCGGCCCCCCCAGGGGCCUCGUCCCGCUGCAGGUCCCUCUCUGGAGCUUUGCCUUUGGGGGUCACCCCACUGAGUGAGCCCCGAGCAGGAGUGGGCACCCAGGAGGGGCACCCGGAGCCCCCACAUUCCGUGGGGAUGGAGGACACGGUCCCAGGUCGGGAUGGAGGACACGGUGUCCCAGGUCAGGAUGGAGGACACGGUCCCAGGUCAGGAUGGAGGACACGGUCCCAGGUCAGGAUGGAGGACACACUGUCCCAGGUUGGGAUGGAGGACACACUGUCCCAGGUCGGGAUGGAGGACACACUGUCCCAGGUCAGGAUGGACACUGUCCCAGGUCAGGAUGGAGGACACGGUCCCAGGUCAGGAUGGAGGACACGGUCCCAGGUCGGGAUGGAGGACACACUGUCCCAGGUCGGGAUGGAGGACACUGUCCCAGGUUGGGAUGGAGGACACUGUCCCAGGUUGGGAUGGAGGACAUGGUCCCAGGUCAGGAUGGAGGACACUGUCCCAGGUUGGGAUGGAGGACACUGUCCCAGGUUGGGAUGGAGGACACGGUCCCAGGUCAGGAUGGAGGAUGCUGUCCCAGGUCAGGAUGGAGGACAUGGUCCCAGGUUGGGAUGGAGGACACUGUCCCAGGUGGUCGCCGACGCUGGAGGAGCGGGAUGUGCUUCACCCUGGCUCCAGAAUCCACAGACUGGGAGUGAUUUGGGGGGUGACAGACACCCCACAGGAGCAAACCCAGGACCCUCAGCCCAGCAGCUCCGUGGGAAUCCCCCGGGACGAUGCUCAGACAACAAGGUGGUUAUUUAAAAUUAAAUAAAAAGUGGGUGGGUGGGGGGAAUUAUUUUAAUAUUUAAACAGUUCAGGAAUGGUUUAAGUUAUUUUUGAAAGAGGAAAGUCGUGUUAAUCUCCGUUUUCUGGCAGUGCCUCUGGGUGUGGGUUAAGGAACGGCGACAAAAAUGCCUAUUUUUUAACUAAAUCGACAACAUAUUUUAAAGGAAAAAAAAAAGCCCGAACUCUUUCCUAUUUUUUAAGAGAAUAGUGCUAUUUUUUUAAGCUGAAAGUGCCGUUUUAAGGAGUGUUCAUACGUGUUGUACAGUCCCGGGGACCUUAUUUAUGUUGCCUUAUAUAAAUAGGGGUGUUUGGGGGGGAAAAAAAGCGA